UGUAACAAAAGAUUAAUUAAUCUGCCGCGAUUUACAAUCUCCGCUCUUCUCGUUUUUCUCUCCAAACCAAAAUGGCUGCUUCUUCUAUGAGAUUUAUCUUCAUUAUCCUCACGUUUGUAACUGUUGGAAUGAUUUUCGGAGCUUUGCUUCAGUUGGCAUUUAUUAGAAGAUUGGAGGAGUCAUCUGGGGCCAACUCUUCUUUGACAAGAAUUCAGCAUCUGAAUGGAGGUAUUUCAUAUUGGGAUGAUAAAGAAGCUUCAGUUUUGCGUCUUGGAUAUGUAAAACCUGAAGUUGUUAGCUGGUCACCACGUAUUAUUGUGUUUCAUAACUUCUUAAGUGCCGAGGAGUGCGAUUACCUCAGAGCCAUUUCCAAACCUCGUCUAGAGGUUUCUACUGUAGUGGAUGCAAGAACUGGAAAGGGUAUAAAGAGUAAAGUUAGGACAAGCUCUGGAAUGUUUCUGACAGCUGAAGAAAGAGAGUAUCCAAUGAUACAGGCAAUUGAGAAACGGAUUUCUGUGUAUGCUCAAGUACCAGUUGAAAAUGGGGAACGUAUACAGGUUUUGAGGUAUGAAAAGAAUCAGUUUUACAGGCCACACCAUGACUAUUUCUCUGAUACCUUCAAUUUGAAGUACGGUGGUCAGAGAGUGGCAACCAUACUCAUGUAUCUAAGCGACAAUGUUGAGGGGGGAGAAACAUACUUCCCAAAGGCUGGAUCUGGCGAGUGUAGCUGCGGGGGGAAGAUGGCCAAAGGAUUGUGUGUGAAGCCGAAUAAGGGAGAUGCUGUGCUUUUCUGGAGCAUGGGUCUUGAUGGAAAAUCGGAUCCGAACAGCUUACAUGGUGGAUGUGAAGUACUAUCAGGAGAGAAGUGGUCAGCCACAAAAUGGAUGAGACAAAGCGCUACUAUCUAAAAUUAUCAGCAUGAGUUGAGUAGGUACACAAGCCAUGAUAAGUGUCUACUGUAAACAUGUAACAAAUGAAAAAUUGCUGAGAGAUAGAAGGGUUUUUAAUAGCUUGAUAACUCAUCUCCUUUGUGUGCAAGAUUUUUGCCUCGGAGGAAAGGGGAUUUUUGUUUGUUUGAGUGGUUUUCUACGUUUUUUCCCUUUCUUGUAUUUUUGUAGGUGUGUGUGUAGAGGGGGGGUGUAAACAUAUGAUUGUGUGGUAAGUUCCUAAUAUUCUUAUACUCCUAUUUAGGAAAGUUGUAAGAAAAGCAAUUGUUCAAGUAUUCCAUAUACAUAUAUUUUGUGAUUUAGACACA